CUCUGCCGCCGUCUCUCUACCGCCGACGAUUCCCAUUGUUCAUUCGAUCUCUCUGUGUGUUCCCUCCGUUCGUCUUCAUCUUGUUCCUGAAUUUUCAAUCCUUCACUCAUGUCUCCGGGCAGAAAUUGGAGACCAUUCUUGCUGCCGAACAGAUUUAGGAUCUUCUGGAUGUUGAUUUGAAGCCCUACGAUCCGAUCAAUCAACACAUUUUGCCAUUUCAAGGGGCUGCGAUAAGUUGAGUCGCUUUUGAAACUAAACCGGAAGAUGGCCUACGAACUGACUGAGCAGCAAAGAAUUGGAUUGGGUCUAAUUGGAUUUGGGAUCUUUUUUACAUUUCUCGAUGUGAUCCUGUUCUUUGACAGAGGGUUACUCGCCCUUGGAAAUAUUCUGUGGUUGACAGGGGUAGCUGUUUUGCUGGGCUGGUAUUCCACAUGGAAGCUCUUUACCAACAGAGAAAACUAUAAGGGCUCUGUGUCAUUUCUUUUGGGACUGUUCUUCCUUUUUGUCCGUUGGCCAGUUGUCGGUAUAGUCUUGGAAAUUUAUGGGUGCUUUGCUCUGUUCGGAGGCUUUUGGCCAUCGGUCAAGGUUGUCCUUUAUCAAAUACCAGUCAUUGGAUGGAUUAUACAAUAUCCAGUUCUGAUCUUUAAUCGUCUGACGAGUGGGUAGAGGGUGGAAGGUUCAGUUUGGUAACUGGCUUUAUUGCUUACCAAAUUCGGACUGGGAUGAAAUGCAUGCAAAGAUUUCACGUUGGACAAAACGAAGUUGCAACAGAACAGUCGUUCCCAGUACAUCAGCGAACGACCCGACUUGGCUGGCGACUCUUUUAAAAGGUUUCCACUCAUUCGUGUAAGUAUAAUGUCAUUUCUGGUACGUGUACUAUACUAUUUUAACAAGCACCAUUUUAACAAACACGUCUUUAUACUUCGACUUCUAAUAAAUUCAUCUUGACCAUUUACUCAUCUUCAGUCCUUUCUCUGGAAAAUUUGGUUCGAAUCCGCUACAUAUGAGAUCUCGUACUUGAUAAGUAUGUCAUUGAUGAUUCACAUGAUAUGUAUGCUGGAAAUUCAUGUCUCGUCUCAAAAUCCGACCCUCAUGCGUUAGAUCUACUCUCGUAACAUUCGUCUUUCGAGUAUAACCGGUUAGGGAUCGAUUAACACGACUUUUCAUUAAGCAUACGUGACAUGUGAGUCAUCAAUGAGAUAAGAGAGUCAUGCAUGGUAGGAUAUUGAUGUUUGGAGCCUUUUAACUGUUGUUGAGAAGGCAGUUCAGGGUGAAACGGCCAGGAUCUUCUUCUUGUUUGAAGAUUUUAACAGAGUUUAGCUAUACUAAUAGACCGAAAUCGUCACUAAUCCUAUACUCAGAAUCUUAGGAACAUGUGAUGAUCAGAACUAAAAAAAAAAGUUCAGCAACAUGUUGAUUAUCAAAAAGGGUUGUGUGAGAUCUUGGGGAAAAGGACAUGACCUUUGUUCCUAUACCAUAUUGUCAGUACCAAAGAUUCAGCUUUUCUUAUGUUCUUAGAAAAGCCUGUGACUAUAGAGCCAAGGUCCCUACUUCACUAUUUUGUGUAUUUCCAAACACAGUCAUCAAAAACAGAACUUUUGGAGACAACAUGAUCCAUCAAACCAACACAAACCCUAAUUCUGUUUCAAAUUUUUUUGGAAGAUGAGGUUUGGAUAGAGUGAAGGUAGAGAAGAAGCCAGUGAGGUAUGGUGAUAUCAUCAUCUGCAAGAAUUCAAUUGGAUUGGCUUGAAUUGAAGAGGAUCCUACCACUGCUGCUGUAUAGUUUAGCUGCAGGGGGCAUUCAUAGAUUGGAAGUAACGCCCAGCCCACACCAUUUAUUAUUUCCACAGCAGCAGACCAGUAUGUUGGGAUCUGUGUGUGUUAGCUAGCUCUCCUUCAAUUCUCCUACCUUAGUAGCUAGCUUACUAAUGGAGGGUAAACUCGUAUUUGAAUUCAUAUAUAAUCUAAUUAAAAAGGUUUUAUUUUCGUGACUAAGGAAAUCCGCUACAAGACUGUCGUCAAUCACAGAAAGCACGAGUGAGACGCGAGUAUUUUCAGUCUUGGAACGGAAGCAUAUGAGAUACGACGAGUGACUCGCUUCCUCGAUAAUGGUUAAGUAAUAAAAUCAUAUCGUGGAU